AUGGUGCUAAUUAGCCAUCAUUUACAUAGCCCAAUGUAUUUUUUCCUCAGUCACCUUUCAGCAUGUGACAUUUUAAUCAGCACAAAUGUGGUACCCAACACACUCCAGAUUCUAUUAAAUAACUCCACCUCUAUGUCGGUCCAAAGCUGCUUUGCCCAGUUGUAUUUUUUCGGUUCUUCCGCCAUCAUUGAAAAUUGUCUCCUCUCCGUGAUGUCCUAUGAUCGCUAUUUGGCCAUAUAUGACCCAUUGCAUUAUUCCUCCAUCAUGGCUUACCCUCAUCAUUAUUAUCUUGCGAUUUGGUCUUGGUCAAUGGGCUUCGUCUUAGCCAUUAUCACUAAUGUCCUUCUACUUCAGGUUCGGUUUUGUGGUCCAAAUAUCAUUGACCACUUUUUUUGUGAUCUUUCUCCACUGUUGGGGAUCUCGUGUUCGGAUUCAUCGGCUGUGCAGAUCGCUGUGGCGGUAGUGGCUGGAGUAAUAGGCCUCCUACAGUUCUUGUUUGUGCUUGAAACCUACAUUUGCAUCUUCAAGGCCAUCUUCCAAAUCUCAACCACAGCUGGGAGACAGAGAGCCUUUUCCACCUGCAGCGCUCAUUUGUCCGUUGUAUGUACGUACUACGGAUCACUCAUUUCUCUUAAUUUAGUGCCAUCCAAAGGAUAUUCUGCAAAAUUUAAGAAAACCUUGUCAGUUUUGAACACUGUGCUGACCCCGUUAUUCAACCCUAUCAUAUACAGCCUGAAGAACAAAGAAUUACAGGAAGCCCUACGCCAGCUGACCUUCCUAAGAAAACAUUUCAAGAAGAGCUGA